AGGCGCCGGAGGGGCGCAGCGGCCGGCGGCGGGACGGAGCGGCGGGGGUGCGGGGCUGCCUGCUGGGCGGCCGGACCGGGCGGGACCAGGGAGGCAGCUUCCAUGGAGCGAGAGGAAUGCCAAGACCCUGCCCAGACAGACGUGGGCCAGCCUCAGCACCGACAGCCAACACGCAGAUAGCAGAGCCGUCCACGGGGUUGAACCAUGAUUCCAGUGACGGAGCUCCGCUACUUUGCGGACACACAGCCAGCAUACCGGAUCCUGAAGCCAUGGUGGGACGUGUUCACCGACUACAUCUCCAUUGUCAUGCUGAUGAUCGCGGUCUUCGGGGGCACGCUGCAGGUCACCCAGGACAAGAUGAUCUGCCUGCCUUGUAAAUGGGUCACCAAGGACUCCUGCAAUGACUCCUUCCGGGGCUGGGCAGCCCCAGGCCCAGAGCCCCCCUACCCCAACGCCACGUUGCUGCCGACCCCUGGCACGGGCCCCACAGGCAUCAAGUACGACCUGGACCGGCACCAGUACAACUACGUGGACGCCGUCUGCUACGAGAACCGCCUGCACUGGUUCGCCAAGUACUUCCCCUACCUGGUGCUUCUGCACACGCUCAUCUUCCUGGCCUGCAGCAACUUCUGGUUCAAGUUCCCUCGCACCAGCUCGAAGCUGGAGCACUUUGUGUCCAUCCUGCUCAAGUGCUUCGACUCGCCCUGGACCACCCGGGCCCUGUCUGAGACAGUGGUGGAGGAGAGCGACCCCAAGCCGGCCUUCAGCAAGAUGAAUGGCUCCAUGGACAAGAAGUCGUCGACGGUCAGUGAAGACGUGGAGGCCACCGUACCCAUGCUGCAGCGGACCAAGUCCCGGAUCGAGCAGGGCAUCGUGGACCGCUCGGAGACGGGCGUGCUGGACAAGAAGGAGGGGGAGCAGGCCAAGGCGCUCUUUGAGAAGGUGAAGAAGUUCCGUACCCACGUGGAGGAGGGGGACAUCGUGUACCGCUUGUACAUGCGGCAGACCAUCAUCAAGGUGAUCAAGUUCAUCCUCAUCAUCUGCUACACCGUCUACUACGUGCACAACAUCAAGUUCGACGUGGACUGCACCGUGGACAUCGAGAGCCUGACGGGCUACCGCACCUACCGCUGUGCGCACCCGCUGGCCACGCUCUUCAAGAUCCUGGCGUCCUUCUACAUCAGCCUGGUCAUCUUCUACGGGCUCAUCUGCAUGUACACGCUGUGGUGGAUGCUGCGGCGCUCCCUCAAGAAGUACUCGUUCGAGUCCAUCCGCGAGGAGAGCAGCUACAGUGACAUCCCCGACGUCAAGAAUGACUUCGCCUUCAUGCUCCACCUCAUCGACCAGUACGACCCGCUCUACUCGAAGCGCUUUGCCGUCUUCCUCUCAGAGGUGAGCGAGAACAAGCUACGGCAGCUGAACCUCAACAACGAGUGGACGCUGGACAAGCUGCGGCAGCGGCUCACCAAGAACGCACAGGACAAGCUGGAGCUGCACCUGUUCAUGCUCAGCGGCAUCCCCGACACCGUGUUCGACCUGGUGGAGCUGGAGGUGCUGAAGCUGGAGCUGAUCCCGGACGUGACCAUCCCGCCCAGCAUCGCCCAGCUCACGGGCCUCAAGGAGCUGUGGCUGUACCACACGGCAGCCAAGAUUGAGGCGCCCGCGCUGGCCUUCCUGCGUGAGAACCUGCGGGCCCUGCACAUCAAGUUCACGGACAUUAAGGAGAUCCCGUUGUGGAUCUACAGCCUGAAGACUCUGGAGGAGUUGCACCUGACAGGCAACCUGAGUGCCGAGAACAACCGCUACAUUGUCAUUGACGGGCUGCGCGAGCUCAAGCGCCUCAAGGUGCUGCGGCUCAAGAGCAAUCUGAGCAAGCUGCCGCAGGUGGUCACCGACGUGGGCGUGCACCUGCAGAAGCUGUCCAUCAACAACGAGGGCACCAAGCUCAUCGUCCUCAACAGCCUCAAGAAGAUGGUGAACCUGACCGAGCUGGAGCUGAUCCGCUGCGACCUGGAGCGGAUCCCGCACUCCAUCUUCAGCCUCCACAACCUGCAGGAGAUCGACCUCAAGGACAACAACCUCAAGACCAUCGAGGAGAUCAUCAGCUUCCAGCACCUGCACCGCCUCACCUGCCUUAAGCUGUGGUACAACCACAUCGCCUACAUCCCCAUCCAGAUCGGCAACCUUACCAGCCUUGAGCGCCUCUAUCUGAACCGCAACAAGAUCGAGAAGAUCCCCACCCAGCUCUUCUACUGCCGCAAGCUGCGCUACCUGGACCUCAGCCACAACAACCUGACCUUCCUCCCCGCCGACAUUGGCCUCCUGCAGAACCUCCAGAACCUGGCUGUCACGGCCAACCGGAUCGAGGCGCUGCCCCCGGAACUCUUCCAGUGCCGGAAGCUGAGGGCCCUGCACCUGGGCAACAACGUGCUGCAGUCACUGCCCUCGCGGGUGGGCGAGUUGACCAACCUGACCCAGAUCGAGCUGCGGGGCAACCGGCUGGAGUGCCUGCCCGUGGAGCUGGGCGAGUGCCCGUUGCUCAAGCGCAGCGGCCUGGUGGUGGAGGAGGACCUGUUCAACACGUUGCCACCCGAAGUGAAGGAGCGGCUGUGGAGGGCCGAUAAAGAGCAGGCCUGAGCGCCGGCGGACAGCUGAGCACCGGGUCUCUGAGGAGUCCUCGGGGCCCAGGGACCCAGACACCCAGGGACGACCAGCCGGGCCCCAGCCAGGGCAGGAGCCCGGGGCUGGAUGUUGGCUGGGCCAUGGCCACGGAACAGUACCUGAGGGGCUGGCCCCUUUCCUCCUUCUGAGACUCAUGCCCCCCCCGCCCCGGCCCCUGCCCAGGGCGGGCGCCCGUCAGGGAGAGCAGAGACCUAUGUCUUAGAGCGCGGUAUUUGGACAAUCAGGGCCUCCCCCCUGGAGGCCAUCUCUGCCCGAGAGGCUGAGCUGAUGCCAGAGGCCCAGGGACACCCACUUAGCUCUUGGUAUUUAUUUUUCUCCACUUUGCAUCCCCUCCCUCCAGAUAACUUAUACAUUCCCAGCAAAGUUCAGCUCCCGUCGGGGGGCGGGG